CUUUUAGGAUUAGCAAGCGGCGACGUCUUGGAUGAUCUAUUUGAUGAUGACGAUCUCCGUAAGUCGUAAACAGCAGCAAUUAUAUCCCGUCUGAGCGUUGGCGGAUAUGAGAUUACUAAGACAAUACGAGACCCCUAGAGGGUAACCCAGGACAUUUUUUGAUGAAUGUGUGCACGAAGCAUAAUCCUUCCACCUCACAACCUACAUUUCGGACAUGACUCCAAAAUUCAAUACCCCAAUAAUAAAUAUAUCAAAAAAAAUUAUAUUGCGUAUAUAGAAAUAUUUUCAUAUGCGCAUAACAGACUAUAAGAUAAAAAUAAGUCGAAUUAAGUCGAAUCAUACAGUACACUCUCGCUGAUUCAAGUUUAAAGCUAUUCACCAAAGCGCAAAUGACAAUAAACAAGUCCCUUGUUUAAAAUAGAAACUGAAUCGAAUUGUAAAAUUCAUACUCAGACUCAGACCUAAGUAUGGCUCAUGCACUUGGGUUCAAAUUGGCUUAACCUUAGUUUUGUUCUGUUGCUCAGCGAGGCGUGUUUUUUCUCAGUUUUAAUUCUUAUUAACCGCUUUCCGCAUCUUUCACCUUUUUGUGAGCACCAAAGAAAGAUUUAUUAAUAACCCAUGGGAUUACAGAAAGUAAGAUACGACCAGGCAAAAUCAAAGUUACUCCAGCGAAGCAAAUUCAUGAAGAAAAGGAACGAUACUGUCAUGAUCCAUUGUCAUUAUGGUGAUCAAAAUUUGGAACGCCUCUCCAGCUAUUAUUUGCUAUUCUCACGGGACUCCCCUGCGCGCAUUUUCUACAAGGCUUUCUCUUCGCCCCAUUCAUGACUGCAGGAGGCUAGAGCCCUUUCACUGACUCACACAUCCCACAUGUGGCUUCGACAAAGAACCUAAAACCCAGAAUCGAUGCAUUGAGGGGGUGCUUGUUUUAGUUGCAAUUAUGGUUUGCUGGUGACUAAUUGUUUCUUUCCUAUUUCCACAGUUCUCUAUGUGGCCAUAGGAUUUCUGUGCUUUGCUGUGUUAUUCCUGUUCGUUGUAAUACUGUUUAUCUCCAUCGCUGUCAUCAGAUUAAAGAAAAUAUUGAGGUAAGUAACACAUUUUGUUUUUCAAGGUGGCCAUUAACUUGUAUCUUUUGAAUACUGAAAAGUAACAGCCCUAAGAGGAGGGGGAUAUUUCCUAUAAUGGCCUAUACGAUGAGGUGCCAAUCGAAGAGGGGUACCUUUUUCAGGCUUCAGGGAAAUAAAAGAGCAGGGAUUUCACUAGUUGUGAAGUAUAUGACAGGGUAGAGAAAUCUGUCAUUUGGUUCUAGGAGCCAACAAGAGGUCUGGGUGCGAGAUAAUCCAAUUACUUGGGCGUGACGCCUACUGUCCUAUGAAACUGUUCUUUUGGUGCUGAAAUCUGGACAGUUGAUAGCCAAUCAGAUUUGAGGAUCUUGUUAUAGUUCUGAUUAGUCCUUAUGACGCCUGUAUCGUACCGCAAUUUCAGAAGGAUUGUACGAAGUAAUCAGAGCAUAUUAACGGUGCUUAAUAUCUCCCUACCAGUCAUUGCACUAACAGCCCGAUUUUUAGCACGGGGACUUUUUCCACCUUGUUCCCUCUGAAUAUCCCAACCAAUCCCAUGGUUUCCCAAAUUUGAUUUCUUUACAUUGGGUAGAAAAAGUUACUCCAACCGCGAUACGCUGACGAUAGGCCAUGCGCCAGGUUGGUGUUAUUAUAUUAGUAUACUAAAUAUGUUCAUUUGUAAUUUUAAGGGCUCGAGAUUAUGACUUCCACUACCGAAACGGUGAGGUGAUAUCAAACUCCCAUGCUAUGUCAGGACGGUCACUAAACAGUGCUACAAACUGGAGUCAUUUCUUCCCCGAAAGCAGAAAUGGAAGAGAAUCGAACAGCAAUCUAAACUUGGAGUACCAAGAUUACAUGGACUUGAUUAUUAUGGACGCUUCAAGAGUGAGCCUCCCUAGAGCCAGAUUGGACAGUGAAAAGACGACUUUCUAA